UUCAGAUUCUGGUGAAAUCUGCACACUGUUCAUUAUUAAGCAGCUGACAAGAUGAAUUUUUCAAAGACUCAGGAAAAUCCUGGCAAGUUUACUAUCGCUUUGUUUGGAGAAAAGCCUGAUUUCAUGAGCAAGAUCGAAAGUACAAUCCUCCAAGGUCACUGUAUUUUUGGGAAGCCUUCACCUCACUGUGAAUUGAAAGAAGAUAAUUCAUUCAGGAUCAUCAGUGCUCCUAAAUUCUUUGAUGAUGAAUGUAUGAAUCCAGACCAGAAGAUUAUUGACUUCAUGGCACUUUCAUAUCCUGGCCCUCAUUUGUUCAUACUGGCAAUAGAGUCAGAAAGCACAUCUAAAGAAAAAGUGGGGAAUCAAAUCAUUGCAUUUAAAGAUAUCUUUGAAGAAAAUGUCACAGAAAAUUUAGUUGUCAUCUUAGAAAAACAAGAAAACCAUGAUUUACUCAGUUAUGUAGACGAAGUGUUCAAUGUCAAGUUGGUUAUUCUGAAAAAAAUAGUUUCAGUAUUUAUGAACUGGUCUUCAAACCAUCAGUCAUUUCAGUUUGACUACAAAAACUACAGCCACAAAAUUGUGCAAAGAAGGAAACAUGAGUUGGAACGCAAAAGAAAUGACUUCCAUUCUUACAAUGACCUUCAGAGAACAGACGCAGGUUCAUCCAAAUGUGCUCCCGUCCUGUCAUCACAAUGGACCGACUCUACGUUGAUGAACAGCUCUACCGUGACCCCAGCACCACUCCCUGGUUGCAGUGCUCACAGUUCGUUAGAUGCUGUGUUUAACAUAGUUCUGCUGGGAAAAGGUGGGACUGGAAAGAGCGCAUCAGCAAACACAAUCCUGGCUGCAGAGAACUCCCUGCAGCCAAUGCUUCCAUCCCUGACAAUUGGGAAUAGCCAGCAGGAUUCAACCCCAUUUAAAUCCUAUCCAAGCUCAACACCAGUAACCACCAAGUGUGAGACCAGAAUGAUGAAGGUUGGGAGUGGUAAACAGAUUAGACUGGUUGACACCCCGGACUUCUGUCAUGAAAACAAAUCCAUGCAAGAGGCACAGCUGAAUGAGUGUAAGUUGUAUUGUCAGCCAGGGCAGUGUGUGGUGUUACUUGUGAUACAGUUCGGCAGGUUCACAGAGGGAGAGAGAGGAAUAUUAGAGAACCUGGAGAAACUUCUUGGCUGGAGAAUCAGGGAAAAAACAAUCGUCCUGUUUACACAUGGGGAAAAUACUAAAUGUAACCUGAACGAGUUCAUUGUUCCUCGAAGUCACCUCAAGGAAAUAUUGGAAGCUUGUGGCAAUCGUUACCAUGUAUUCAAGAACACCUCCAAAGACUCUAAACAGGUCAAGGAACUCAUCAAGAAAGUUGAACAGUUGUUUCCAAAUUUGACAGAAAAAGACCCAUCUCCACAGUGCUGUUUGUGUUAGCUUUAACUUUGGUUGAUGUGCACUUAAUGUCCCAAAAAAGUGAUCAACUCCAAGCCCGUUCUCACUCAUGACGCAUAAUAUACCAACGAUUUGUAGCAUCCCGAGGUGUUCCAUGGAAAGGUGACCUUCCGCGCUCCUAUGCAACGCACCGAAAUGUGGAUGAAAUUGAAUAGAUUAACGCUUCCACGGAAACACACGUUCCAGCCGUGUACUACAGCCCUAACCAUAACCUAAUGUUAACCACCACCUUAAUCGUGUUAGUGUUUUCCAAAGCGAUUUACGUAAAAUAAAUGUACAUGCGUAGAUUCAUUCAAAACAGUUCUCAUGUUUCCUCAUUUUUCCAAACUCAAAAUAUAGGGACGUGUUGGGUGGCCAAAAGUGCAAUAUACUGAUGAUUUGCCACCUGGUGUAAAAUGUUAUGCUUUGGAAGUGAGAAUGUGCUGAUAACUCCAUGUAUCAGUUUGUGGAGAAGGUACAAGUGUAAUCCUUUGAUGCAGUAUGAAUUUAUUAUUGUGUGUAUUUAUUUUGAUAGCUGUUCUGUCAUAGUAACUCCAAUCUUCAAGUUUAGAAGAUUACUUAUUACUUAUACUUAUUUGCCUUUAAAUAUAUUUACAUUUGUUUUUUGCAACUUAGGGAAAUAAGUAUGAAUAAUCAAAUAUGAUGAAAAGAUAAUUAAAGACUUCAGUAUAGUUUAUAGAUAGUUAGUGUUCAGUAUGUUCAGUAUUGAGAGAUCAAAACAGGUUGGAAGUGGGUGGGCAAUAUCUCCCGUUUUUCUUUAUUUUUUUUUGUAUAUCAGAAAAAAAAGAAAAAAGCUAGUUUAUAAGUUUUGGUAUAGCAUAACGUGCAUAAGACAAAAU